AUGAAGUACCGAAAUAUGGCCGGCGCGUUUGUCUUUCGGUAUCUUUUGGUGGGUUGCCUGCUUCUGGCAGAGCAGUGCUGUCAGGGUGCCAGUGUGGAGGAGAGAAGUACGGUGGUGGGUGAGUUUAUGGAGCUGAGCGAGUAUGGUUCGUUUAGUCCGGAGGACCUUUGCCAGAGUCUUUGUGGGGAGUGUAGUUGCCGAGGGACGCUGGUGAACGAAAAUCUGUGUCAGUGCAGCUGUGACUUUUCGCCAGAUAGUGAAGGAGGGAAAAAUUGCACCUCACAAGUGCAGCGGCUAUGCGAGCAGAUGGAUGUGCAAUGUGACUUUAGCGGACCGGAGGAAGACUACGUUCGUGAACCGCGUGGAUGCCAUUCGAUGUCAUGCUACGAGAAGCAUCACGAACACGAUGCAGGAGAAUAUGGUGGAUAUCACGAUGGUGAUGGAUACGGAUAUGAUGAUGAGGGACACGGACACGGAGCAAAACAACUAAUAUGCUGCAAGGACAAAAAGCACAAAGAGAAGAAACAUAAGCACAAAAAGCACAAAAAGUUCCACGACAAACAUAUGAAGUUCCACGUUGUGAUUAAAGGAAAGAUUCCGGAAACAUCGUGUCACGGGGGUCACGAAGGUGAAGAGCAUUAUGGAGGUUACGAUGAGCAUGAGGGAUAUCGGGCGGCAAGGCCGAUAAAUCCUGCUCACCCACCUAUGGAUGUAACUGUGUGGACGAAUCGUCAAAAACUUGGCAAAAAGCAUCCCUUCCGAAGACCUUUCCAGCAACAUCAUCAGCCGCAUCCACCACACUAUGUACCUUCAUAUCCACCUCCGUACCCGGCAGAAGCGAGAGGAAAAUCAGCUGAACCACCUUCCGCGGGACCAAGGCCGGAGCCAAUGCCAGAACCGAUGCAACCUCCACGAGAUUCUCGGCCACCAUCUCCCCCACAGCCACCUCCAUCACCACCAUCACCACCAGCAUCAGAACCGGAAUCGCCACCAGUGACGCCCUUCCCGGAACGUCCUUUAACUCCUCCACCUAAUCUGUACGAUGGAGCUCCGGUGGGUCCGAAAAAACCUCCACAGGAACCAACUAAGGCUCACAAAUUUUCACCACCAUCACCUCCAUCCCUUCCUCCACCACCACCACCACCACCACCACCACCACCAUCUUCCUUUUCACGGCCAUCACCACCCAUGAUCACCGUGGAUCCUCCCCCGAGACGCAUCGAAUCAUCCAGAAGCUACUCCAAACCGAGCAGCUACUCAAGUUGUCAGUUUGAUAGCUACGAUUUCAACUAUUAUCAUCCUCCACCAAGCUAUCAUCAACCUGCACCACCACCACCUUCUCCUCCUGCACCGCCCUCAUCCUACCGAUCGUACUACUCUUCAUCGUACGAUCCAUCCUAUCCGUCCAGUCACGAUCAUCCUCAUGCACAAUACGAAAACUCGAAACAUUAUCUCGCUUACGAUGAGCCUGUUGACUAUAGCACCUAUGAUGACAGUCCCGGUGAUAGCCGGGAAUACUAUCCCGACAGUCACGGUGUGCAUCCGCUGUCGGACAACGAAAUAGAGGACUGGCCCGAAUUUCCACCGCGCGAUCCGUCCGAUAUAUUCACCUACAAUCAGAUUGUUUCGCGACAGAUUAUCGAGGCCGAUACGGCCCGACGGUACAUGGCCAAACCGUUCCAGCCAACACCGCGCCCACUGCGGGAUGAGUUUGAACCACCGGCGGCAGAAGUAGGUCCGGUACUGUACGAAUCGUUUGAUUCGCCCGAGAAGAGUUACGAUAUGUAUCCAGGACUAACACCACCGCCGGAUGCAUUCAUUCCACCUGUGCCACCACCAGCCAUACCGGUCGAAUUUCCGCAGGCCGAACAUGAACCGGCAAUGUUUGCUCAGAAUUCGGAAGAAGCGCUUUACCCACAACCAACACCACCGCCACACUAUUUGCUGGCGAAGGAAACCGGUAGCAUGAGCUCGUUUGGGUUCGAGGGCGAAUUCCGACCGGAAUAUUCGCCCCGCUGGGAACCGUCUGGGUCUUCCGGGUAUGGUCGAAGUGCUGCCGGCCAGAGUCACAAUCGAGCGGCAUCUAGUCGAAGUAGUUCGCACUAUAAUAGGAAAUAUUACUGA